UGUGCAGCUUUUCACGUGCUUUGGGGGUCACGCCCAUGAAUUUGGGGUCACGCCCAUGAAUUUGGGGUCACGCCCAUGAAUUUGGGGUCACACCCAUGGUUUUGGGGUCCCACCCAUGAACCUGUGGCACGUGCUCUGCCAUGGCCUGUGCGUGUUCCCACGUUUGUGGCGCGUGUGUGGCCAGCCGGGGCAGGGUGGUGUGGCCGUGCUGGGGUGUCCCUGGCAGUGAGUGCCACCCCUGUGCCCCAGUUCCUGGCCAUGCUGUCCCAGUGGUGCACCCAGAUGCAUUCCCUCACCCUCCAAAACCUGAAGCCGCGCCAGCGGGGCAAGAAGGAGAGCAAGGAGGAUUACAUGAAGAGCACACGGGGAUGUCUGGAAGCGGGGCUGGAGUCGCUGCUGAAGGCGACGGGCAGCAAUCUGCUGAUCCUGCGCAUCUCGCACUGCCCCAACGUGCUGACCGACCGCUCGCUCUGGCUGGCCAGCUGCUACUGCCGCGCCCUGCAGGCCGUCACCUACCGGAGCUCCACGGACCCCGUGGGCCAUGAAGUCAUCUGGGCCCUUGGAGCAGGCUGCAGGGACAUCAUCUCCCUCCAGGUCGCACCUCUGCAUCCCUGCCAGCAGCCGACGCGCUUCAGCAACCGCUGCCUGCAGAUGAUCGGGCGCUGCUGGCCCCACCUGCGGGCGCUCGGCGUCGGAGGGGCCGGCUGUGGCGUGCAGGGCCUGGCGUCCCUAGGUAGGCAUUGCUCGGGGUCCUGGCCUUGGGAACGGGCCUUGGGCUUGGAGAGACCCCUGGGACUGCUGAACCCACCCUGUGCCCAGCACUUGGGGUCACAGAGUGGGCCAUGGGCUUGGAAAGACCCCUGGGACUGCUGAACCCACCCUGUGGCCAGCCC